UCUGUCUCUCUCCCUCUCUCCUCUCCUCUCUGAGGAUCUCUCCUCAUCCUAUCAAGAUGCCGGCGGUCAGUAAAGGAGACGGGAUGCGCGGCCUCGCCGUCUUUAUAUCUGACAUCAGGAACUGUAAGAGUAAAGAAGCUGAGAUCAAGCGCAUUAACAAGGAACUUGCUAACAUCCGCUCCAAGUUCAAAGGGGACAAGGCUCUGGACGGCUACAGCAAGAAGAAGUACGUGUGCAAGCUGCUCUUCAUCUUCCUCCUCGGCCACGACAUCGACUUCGGACACAUGGAGGCUGUGAACCUGCUGAGCUCCAACAAGUACACUGAGAAACAGAUUGGCUACCUGUUCAUCUCGGUGCUGGUGAACUCCAACAGCGAGCUGAUCCGGCUGAUCAACAACGGCGUCAAGAACGACCUGGCGAGCCGCAACCCCACCUUCAUGUGCCUGUCGCUGCACUGCAUCGCCAACGUGGGCAGCAGAGAGAUGGGCGAGGCGUUCGCCGCAGACAUCCCCCGGGUGCUGGUGGCAGGUGACACUAUGGACAGUGUAAAGCAGAGUGCUGCUCUGUGUUUGCUUCGACUCUACAAGACGUCUCCGGAUCUCGUUCUCAUGGGAGAGUGGACUUCGAGGGUCGUGCAUCUCCUCAACGAUCAGCACAUGGGCGUGUACACACUGCAUCUCUCUACACACUGCACUGUACACACUCCUGACGAGUUCAAAACCUGCGUCUCCUCUCUCCUCUCUCUCCUCUCUCAGAUUGUCUCUUCAGCCUCCACUGAUCUCCAGGACUACACCUAUUAUUUUGUCCCGGCUCCCUGGCUGUCUGUGAAGCUGCUCCGGCUCCUGCAGUGCUAUCCUCCUCCAGAGGAGGGCGCUGUGAAGGGCCGGCUGGUGGAGUGUCUGGAGACCAUUCUGAACAAAGCGCAGGAGCCGCCCAAAUCCAAGAAGGUGCAGCACUCCAACGCAAAGAACGCCAUCCUGUUCGAGGCCAUCAGCCUGGUGAUCCACUAUGACAGUGAGCCGAACCUCCUUGUGCGCGCCUGUAAUCAGCUGGGUCAGUUCCUGCAGCACCGAGAGACCAACCUGCGCUACCUGGCCCUGGAGAGCAUGUGUACGCUGGCCAGCUCCGAGUUCUCCCACGAGGCAGUGAAGACUCACAUAGAGACCGUCAUCACUGCACUUCAGACGGAGCGUGAUGUUAGCGUGCGACAGCGUGCGGCUGACCUGCUCUACGCCAUGUGUGACCGAAGCAAUGCCAAGCAGAUCGUCGCUGAGAAACUGAGCUACCUGGAGACUGCAGACUACUCUAUUAGAGAGGAGACCGUGCUGAAGGUGGCGGUCCUGGCUGAGAAGUACGCUGUGGAUUACUCGUGGUACGUGGACACGAUUCUCAACCUGAUCCGCAUUGCGGGCGACUACGUGAGCGAGGAGGUCUGGUACCGAGUGAUCCAGAUCGUCAUCAACCGGGACGAUGUGCAGGGGUACGCAGCCAAGACCGUCUUCGAGGCUCUCCAGGCUCCAGCCUGUCAUGAGAACAUGGUGAAAGUUGGCGGUUACAUCCUGGGGGAAUUUGGGAACCUCAUCGCGGGCGACCCCAGAUCCAGCCCCCUGGUCCAGUUUAAUCUCCUCCACUCGAAGUUCCAUCUCUGUUCGGUUCCGACCCGCGCGCUGCUCCUCUCCGCCUACAUCAAGUUCAUCAACCUGUUCCCGGAGACGAAGCCCACCAUCCAGGAGGUUCUGAGAUCGGAUUCCCAGAUCCGGAAUUCCGACGUGGAGCUCCAGCAGAGAGCUGUGGAGUACCUGAAGCUCUCCUCUAUAGCGAGCACCGAUGUGCUGGCGACGGUCCUGGAGGAGAUGCCUCCGUUCCCAGAGAGGGAGUCCUCUAUCCUGGCCAAGCUAAAGAAGAAGAAGGGUCCGGGGGUCUCCGCCUCCGAACUCGAGGACGGGAAGAAGGAGUCGGGGUCAGAAGUCAACGGAGGGGGGAUGGGGGGCGUGGCCGAGGCGGUGGCAGCUUCCAAUGCGUCCACUCCCUCUCCCUCUGCUGAUCUCCUGGGUCUCAGAGCUACAGCGGCUCCUGUGAUUGGCUCCUCGGCCCCUGGAGUUGGCAGCUUAUUGGUUGACGUGUUCUCGGAGGCGGGGCCGGUGGCUCCUCCCCCUGCCAGUGGCGAUGACAACUUCCUGAGUGAUCUGGACCCGCCCACCCAGAGUUCUGACUCCUUAUUGGUGGAUGCAGAUUCAGAUUCAGAGGACGCUGCUCCACUUUUGCCCGAAUCAGACGAGCUUCUGAACAAGUUUGUCUGCAAGAAUAACGGGGUUCUGUUUGAGAACCAGCUCAUGCAGAUUGGGAUCAAGUCCGAGUACCGGCAGAACCUGGGCCGCAUGUAUCUGUUCUACGGGAACAAAACCUCAGUCCAGUUCCAGAACUUCAGCACCACUGUCAUCUACCCUGGAGAACUGCAGAGUCAGCUCAAUCUGCAGACAAAGCCAGUAGCGCCCCUGGUGGACGGAGGAGCUCAGGAGCAGCAGGUUCUCAACAUCGAGUGCUUGUCUGAAUUCACUGAGGCUCCACAGAUCAACAUCAAGUUCAGGUAUGGCGCUGCUCUUCAGAAUCUCUCUCUCAAGCUCCCCGUCACCAUUAACAAGUUCUUCCAGCCCACAGAGAUGGCGUCUCAGGACUUCUUCCAGCGCUGGAAACAGCUGAGCCUUCCUCAUCAGGAGUCUCAGAAGAUCUUCAAAGCAAAUAACCAGAUGGACACCGAGGUCCUGAAAGCAAAGCUGCUGGGUCUGGGCACGGCUCUGCUGGAGAAUGUGGAUCCAAACCCAGAGAACUUUGUUUGUGCCGGCGUGAUUCAAACGAAAUCAGCACAGGUGGGCUGCCUGCUGAGACUGGAGCCCAACGCACAGGCGCAGAUGUAUCGCCUGACUCUUCGCAGCAGUAAAGAAAUCGUCUCGAAGCGCCUCUGCGAGCUGCUGGCAGAACAGUUCUAGAGCAGCGGGGACCCUUCUAGAACGAGAAGGAGGGGUUCUAGAACGUCUGCACAAGAAGAAGGGAGCAGUCUGGACCGGUUGUCGAGGGAGGUUCUGGACCGGUUCUGGACAGCGCUGAAGGGAGUGCGCUGUCCUGCAUGCCUGUCUGUUUAAUUGCUCAUAUUCAUAUUCAUAACAAUGGUAAUGAUGCAAUGAUGUGUCUGUAUCAAUCCUGCAGCUCGCCUGUGAUUGUGUCGGUGUUGUAGCGUGUCAAGCGAGCGUGUGUGACGCGUGUGUGAUGCGUGUGUGACGCGUGUGUGACGUGACUGUGCUCUCCGGACCCCCCCACCCCACUCUCAGCAUUCUCACACACCGUUCUGACAUCGAUCUUUCAUUCCACCUGUGUGUGUGUCACUGUCUGUGUGUCUGUCUGUGUGUCUCUGUGUGUCUCUCUGUCUGUGUGUCUCUGUGU